GGAAAACUUAAUGCACCAAUAAGGAAGAGUUUGAAAACUUCACAGAAAUUCUACUGCUGUCCUAUUGAAGGCUGCCCUAGGGGACCAAACAGACCAUUUUCCCAGUUUUCUCUUGUAAAACAGCACUUUAUGAAAAUGCAUGCUGAAAAGAAGCACAAAUGUGAUAAAUGUAGUAACUCCUAUGGUACAGAAUGGUAUUUGAAGCGACAUAUAGAGGUCUGUGGCAAGACUUUCCAGUGUACUUGUGGAUGCCCUUAUGCCAGCAGAACAGCAUUGCUGUCUCAUAUUUACAGAACUGGCCAUGAAAUUCCUGCAGAACACAGGGAUCCUCCUAGUAAGAAAAGGAAAAUGGAAAGCUCUGCACACAAUCAGCAGUUGGCAGAGAAAGCAAAUGAAGCAUUCAUCAAUACACACAAUAGUAAUCCUGGCACUCAGGAAUUGGAGUCCUCUGAAGUGAAACUAGUGGCCUCUCUCAAAGGCUCCUGCAAUCCUAACUUCACAAACCAAAUGCAGCCAAAGUGUAUGCCCAAGAUGCUUUUGCCAAAGCCCAGGGUGGCUUUGGUUAAACUUCCAGUGAUGCAGCUGGCUCACUUGCCUAUAUAUGUAUCUGCAACAGACUCUUCUGUCAAACCUGCUGUUGUGGCUGUUGAUAAUCAAGGUUCUGUUGUAAGUACUGUUCAUUUACUGCCUCAAUCGAUAGGAAUUCUGAUUCCAGCACUGGAGGCAGAAACACUUGUAUUUAAGGACAGUAUGCCUGUUUCAAAAGUGACGAAUUCUGGUCAUAACGAACCAAUCAGUACAGGUGUACAAGUUGAGUUGGAUAAGAUUGCAACGAGUAAUACAGGGCAACAGCUGGGGAAUGUUUGUCACAAGAAUAAAAUUUCAUCAAUAAAUAUACAGACUGACUUAUCUUACAUUUCUCAGACCUUGGUACCAGCUGCAGCCUGGACUCCCAGUUCAUCUGUAUCGUCUUGCUCUCAGACAGAUCUAUCGUUCAGCUCACAGGUUUCAUUACCCAUCAGUGUGCAAACACAGACACUGCUGCCUGCUUCCAAACUGACUUCAUCCAUAGCUGCUCAGACUGAUGCUUUUAGUCAGGCUUGUUUUCCAACAUGUGGCAUAUCUAGAGAGACUCAAACCAGUAGUACACAGGACUCGAUUGAUGGGAGAGUACAAAUGGACCAGGCUGUAAGGUGCAGUGACAUCUUUGACAAUGUUGAUUCGUCAUACAAUGUUUCUACUCACAUUGAACUUCCAGAGAACAAUUUAAUGCCUGCAAAUAUAGAUCAAACCUUGCUGCAAAGGAGUAAUUGCAAGAGCCUGAAUCAAGAUACAGUCAAGUCUGAAUCCCUUAUCAGCUUCAAUACACAGACUAAUAUACUUCCACCUCAAAAUACGAUGGAUAAUCAAACCCAGACAAUGGACCUACUAAACGAUCUAGAAAACAUCUUUUCAGGAAACAUGUCUGGCCAGACACUGGAUAAUCGUGGCCUUUUGUCUGAGACGAGUUCCAAUGCUGACACACAUCUGCCAUCUGGUCCAUCACAGGGCACAGGAAUAGACUUUGACAUUGAAGAAUUCUUUUCAGCAUCCAAUAUCCAAACUCAAACUGAGGAGAGUGAGUUCGGUACCCUGAACUCUGAGCCAGUUUUGGAGUCUCUGGACAUUGAAACUCAGACUGAUUUCUUAUUUUCAGAUAGUGCCACUCAAUCAUACAGCUGCCGAGGAAAUUCUAACUUCUUGGGGUUGGAAAUGUUUGAUACACAGACACAGACAGACCUGAAUUUCUUUUUGGACAGUAAUGCCCAUCUGCCUUUAGGAAGUAUUCUGAAGCAGUCUAGUUUCUCCAUGAGUACCGACUCAUCUGAUACAGAAACCCAGACAGAAGUGUAUCCAGCUACUAAAAACCUACCUACUCAGAAUAUUGAAAGCAAAGUCCAGCUCAGCAGUGCUGAAACACAGACUAUGGAUAGCUGCUUUGAAAAUCUGGGGAGUUUAUUCCUUACCAGCAAUGAGACACAAACAGCAAUGGAUGACUUUCUUCUGGCUGACUUAGCUUGGAAUACAAUGGAGUCCCAGUUCAGUUCAGUAGAAACACAAACCUGUGAAGAGCUGUGCUCCUUGUUUCACAGCUCUGACAAGCCCAGCCAUUGA